AUGGAAAAAUGCCCCCCAAUGGCGAAGCCUAUACCGGACCUUGAUCUAUCCGAGCUGUCGAAAUACGCGCCGAAGCGAAAGGAAGAAUCUGUCUUCGACGUGACGGUGAACAACAUCUCGAAGCGCUCGUCUAGCUCGAGACUGCUGUUAGGCACGUUAGGGGGCUGGGUGACGGGGGUGGGGGUGUCCAGGGUGGGCAAGGUGGCCGCCUUCGGGUUGGGGGGCGGCGUGAUUCUUCUCCACUUCGCCUGCGAGCUGGGCUACGUCCACGUAAACUGGGACAAGGUCCGCGAGGGCGUCGGCCGCAGCCAGGAGCUGAUGGAGCAGUUUGUGCGCUUCGUGAAGAAGAACAGUUGCCUCUCCGUCGGCUUUAUCGGAGGGUUCUUCUUCGCUAGACCGAAACCGGUUGGAGCAGUUGUGGUAGCUGAUCCAGAAGAGAGACCGCCUUUAGCACCAGAACCGAUCACUCAAGCAAAGCCACCGGACCCCUUCAAAGGCACUGAAGAACCGGCCACAUUCCUUGAACACCCACCUUUUUUACCGCCAAAACCAAUACCACAUUCUCCUAAAAUCUCCCCCUCUUCUAUACCCAACCCCAGCCCUAGCGUGACAACCACGAAACAGGUCGAACCAGGCUACCCCAAUUACGGAGGAUACAUUUACUCAAUACCCGGCUAUUCGGCAUUUCAGCCAGUCUCUUAUCCGGGUGUAGUUCAACCGUCUCAAGCCGCAUUGUCAACGGAACCGCCUAGCAGCGAGUUUAUACCAUUCCCGAUACUAUCGAAUAAAGAUUCAGCACCGGUAGUCACGACUGAAGAGAAACCAUUAACGCCCACCAGCAAAGCCAGUGAGCCUCCGCCUCCAGUAACAGAGAAGCCAAAGGCUCAGACAGAUUUCGAAGAGAACUUUACCCCUGCUGUAACUUCAACCAAACCAGCAACCGAUGAGACAAAAAACCCAAUAAGCGAAUCUAAAAUGAGUAUAACGUCUCUGACCCAAGGCUCUGGAGCGACAGUGACAAUACCGACGCAGCACAGCAAGGAUGCCAAAAAGAAACCAGCCGAACGCUUCAGCUUAAAAACCAGCAUCCCAAUAAGUAAAAUUGACAUGAAGUGCGUCGGAAACCCAUCAGAAGUAUUCCAAGGUGUAAAGCCUAAUUUUAAUCCGACCUCUUCCAAUACCAAGCCAGAGAGUGGCCCCAGGGUUGAGAUACAAAGUAACAUUGUAAUCAAGAGUGCUCCAAAAGAAUCUGAAAAUAACGAGCCGAAAGAGAAUCCACCUAAGGUUACCAAUAGCAUUAGCACAUUAAUAAACGCUGCCGAAAUGAUUAACAAAACGGACAGCCAAUUCCAACAAAGCCUUGAUGUUUUAAACGAAAAUUCCAAAGACUCUCCAUAUCAUUCUCAGUUGUCUCCAGCAACGUCACGGCCAUUUUUCAGCCACAAUAUGGACGCAAAUAAAUCAAGUUUAAUCAAUAAACCACCUGACGGGACAACAAAUGAACAAAAGAAUCAAAUAUUGUUCAUACAGAACAAAAAUCCGACAAAUCAAAAAAUGCUAGUUACCAUUCAACAGCAAAACUCGCAAGUUAUGGUGCAGAGAUCAAGCUUCGAGCCAAAAAACCUGCAAGCUCCUUCACGGCUAUCCGGCCAAGGGAAAAAAUGUACAGAGGAAAUUCUCAAUGACAAUGGGUCUUCGUCAAAGGUUGUUGCAUUAAAAAGAUUGCAUCAAGAGGACUGCGACGAAAAUGAUUUUGAGAAUUUGAUUACCGAAAAUCAAAUUUACGGUAACAAGAUUGUCGUGAAGGAAAAGUCCCAAGGCACUCUGCAGGAACAAGACUUGAAAAAUAAGAAAACAUUCGAAAAAUCGUCCCAACUGGAAUCAAAGAACGUCGUACUGCAACCAAAUUUUUUAUACGUAAGUAAUGUACAGUUUCCCGCGAACCUAAUGAUGAUAAAAAACAAUAAAUCAAGUAACGAAACCAGCAAGGCAAAUAAAACCUCGAUGAACGAAACUAAACCUACAGACGUAAUUACCACAACGAGCAGCACUGAUACUUCAGUUAAAAGUACUAAACCCCAGACUAUAGCUGUUAGUACAGAAAUCCACAUGUACAAAUCAAGCAACAAUGUAAUACAGACCACACCCAACAAAACGAAGCCCGAUAUAGUAUUCCAGACAUCUAGCCAGAAAGUUAUCAUGAAUCCUCAAAUCGUUUACCAAGUGCCAAUGGUUGUAGAUUCCGAUAAAAAGACCAAUCAGACAUUUGUCAACAAAGAGUACUCUAAACCACCAGGCCAAAUAACAAACGAAUUCCAGAAACCAUAUGAACAAUCAAAAAACAAUGAUAAACUGUUCAUAGCCUGCCCAUAUCAAAUGGACUCAAAGCUGCAACCGAAGAUUGUCAUUACGAAUAUUAGGUCCAAAACUCCGAAGGCGGAUGAGUUCAGUUCCUUGGAUUUGUACGAGAAGAAAAAGCGUUUACGAAGAAUGAAAUAUCUAACAAACCGGGAGAAUAAAGAUUCGCAAAAACCGGAACCUAAGAGGAAUUCAGAUAAUCUGAAGGAUAUCAUCACACCAGAUAACAUGAAGGACGAGAUUUACAAAGAACUUACCAACACGAGGGAAAGGCUCGAUGAUGACAGUACUGACGCAGACAGCGACUACGAUGAGGACGAAAUGAAUGAAUACAAUACCAUAAUUAACAGCUAUGGAAAAAACAAAACAAGGGAGAGAAAUGAAAAUGACAAAAUUGAAUUUCUCGCUGGCCUCAACUUAGCUUCGGAGAAAGUUUACAAAGAAAAAGAACUGGAGCGGAUGGAGAGAACUAUAAAAAGGGACUCUAUAGCCGCUGCUUACAUCACUGCUGGACGGCUGGACAGAAUCUUUCACGACAACAGCCCACCGGUUGCUCCAAAGCCAGUGAAAACCUCCCCAUCGUCUGAAAGACUCGUGGGGAAUUACAGGAGGGACGACGAGCCGAUUCUUCAUCAAAAACAGAUGUUCCUCUCGCAUUUGAGCCUUGUACAAGUCACGCCCAAAUACAGGGAAGGCUAUGAAAGGGUGUGGCGCGAAAUAAUCAAAGAAAGGAAACGACGCAACGGUACGACGGAGACGGAUCAAACUAAGCAGCCUAGGCUGCAGACGGAAUCUGCAGAACUGGACCCGGAUGGUCAAUUGCAAUUGCUGACCGAAAUAAAGAAGUGCGUCAACGAAAACAACAACCUGAUAAAGAAAAGGCUCGACUCAUUCUGCGAGGACGGUGACAGCAUACGCGUAUUGGCCGAGAAGAACUUUUCGGAGCUGAAUCGCUUGUCGAAAAUGGCCGACAGGAGUGUGAAACACUUCAGCGGACAGGACACCAGGAAGAGGGACCUCAAUCCGGGGUUCGACAGCGAGGCGAUCCAAAAGGCCGCGACGAAACUAGAACAGCCAUUCCGGAACUACCCGAAAAUAAACAUACCUAAUAUAUCGAAAAUAAUAUCGCUGAAAAGCAUUCAGGAUCCGACAACGAUGCUGACUACUCAGGCGACGUCCAUGGACGAACCACAGAACUCAGCGGCGGGCGUCACAGAGAUGUUCAAUGAAAACACGGAGAGAGUGCAGGACUUUGGAUGUCAGGUUGAGGAGCCGAAGCCUUGGCCGGGGAUCGAAGCACUCAUAAGCCAUUACAAAGAGUUCGAAAUAGCCCGCAAGAAAGAGAUCGCCGACCUCCACCGACGCAACACCGCUUUGCGGGUCGACGCGGCGCACAUCACGCGCUUGGCCUCAAGAGACGCGGAGCGCGCGCGCGCCCUCCUGGCCGAAAGGCACAACCUCGCCUCCGAAGAAACCCGCGUCUCACAAACUCUGCACAGACUAUAUGCGACUAUAGAGCUCGUUAAAAACUGC